CUCUCCUCUCAUUGGCUGUUCUCCUCAUGCUACGCUAAGUCCGGUAUAUGUGCUUAAUUGAGGAUUACUAACCUGUUGCCACCAGCAUAUCCCUCAAAAUAGGUGUCUUCCAAUAAUAGGAACUGAACUGAAGGUUCAUCGUGUGCACUGAUUAGUGUCUGUCAGGAAGAUGUUAUUAUUAGCGGGAUACAAGAUAUGUACUGGCGAGUCAACAUCAGUUAGCCUGUUAGCAUCAGUGUAAUAUGAUGGAGGAUAAACACUGGAAUAAAUCACGACCUGGAGCUUUCAUACGGUUUCAGAGACAGAGAUGAAAGCUCUACAGCCUGUUUUUCCUUUGAGAUGAACAGGUGAGAUGGCUCACUCAUCAGGAGGCUCUCAGGAGGGACAGACUGACACAAACACGCAAACAGACAAAACGGACAGUUCUGUUGCUGACAGUCCUGAAAACCAGCGGUCUGAUAAUGGACAGAGAAGGCCAAGUGACCCGUCAGAGAUACUUCCUGAGGAAUAUAUAUCAAAUGACAAAUAUGAUGCUUCCUGGUACCAGGGACCGUUCACCAAAUCCCUCCAGAGGGCAGAGGCUCUGUUUCGUAACCGUUUUAACCCCAGCCUGAAGUGGCUCAUGGGGCAGAAGAGCAAAGAUGGCAGCUGGGACUCUGAGAGCGAGAGCAUUACUUCCUGUUCCUCCAGAAAUGUCCAACGUCUCGGACAGGCUUUACAGAGCCUCGGCUCUCAGUGCCACACGCUCCGUGACCCCGCGUUAGGAGGUCGGCUGUUUGGCUGUGUCACAGGGCCUCUCUUCCUCUGAGGAGGAGGAGGAUUUCUACCACCACCCUCAGGCUGCAGUCUUCAGCCAGCAUUACUGCCAGCUGCAGCAGCUGAUGGAGCAGAGAGCCCAGCUGCUCUUCCUCCACGAGUACGCCCGGCGCACGCAUGCGGCCACCUGCUUUGUGGCUCAGCUGGGCUCUGUGUUGGAGAGGACUCGGCUCCUCUUAGCCGACAGGGGGCAGCCCAACUCCACGUGGAACCUCAGCCUCGGAGCUUUAUGCCGGGAAAUGCAGGUUCACGUCAGCCACUGGGAUCUCCUCUGGAGCAAAGCUCGAGCCGACCGCCUUCUCCGCCGUGUGCUCUUCAUCCGCGCGGAGACUCUUGCUUCCAUGCGCCGAACUCUACAACUGCUGGGCUUCCAGGCCUUGCAGUUGAUGGAGCGUUGCAUCCACACCGCUCUUUCCGCUCUGGCCGCUGCCCAGCCGGACCGUGUGCCGCGAGAUGCCUUAGUGGACCUGCUGUGUGCCGUCGAGCUUUACAACCAGAUCUUAGAGGACAAGAGGAGCUCACAGCUCGUCCUCGGGCCUCAGCUGGCUUCUAGUGUGCUUCAAACCGGAGCUGGUCCUACAACAUUCCCCGUUGAGCAGCUAAUGACGAUUCUUGCUCAGAGUCAAGCGCGGAAGGCAGCUGAGCAUCUCUACACGUGGUCUUCCCAGCAGAGUAACCUCCUACAUAUGGCGAACAAACCUAAGAGUCACUUUACACACCCUAACCUCAGACUUUUAUCAUCACCCACAAUAAACAUUCAUACAGUACAACUUGUUGAAGAUGCUGAUGUUCCCCUAACGCCCCUUCACGGCCUCUGGUCCUCCAAUCUUCCCUUUUCUUCGUUUAUCUCGAGAGACAGAGAGUGUCUCGAUACUCUCUUUCAAGUCCUAGUGACCUCCACAAACCUCCUAGCUCCGCAUAUCCCCAAAAAACCUGCCGAUCUGGAGGACUCCAUGGUGAUUUGUCGACGGGCCAGUGAAGGAGAGGAGAGGCAUCUAAACAGACCCAGAAUGACCUGCAGGACGCUCAACGUGGCCACUAUGGAUCUCAGGCGGUCGGAUGCGUGCGUGAAGCUCUUCUGUCAUUAUAAGGUCCUGCUGUGGAGAGAGUUUGGGAAAGCGGUCGUGAGACACUUUUAUUAUCAGCCAUACAGCAGCACUCUGGGAAGCAUCAACCAGUGGAACGAUGAAAUGCUGCUGGUUUUGGUCUCAUGGCUCAGACACUCGUAUGUUGAAGACCUCAUUCCAGAAGAAUGUAAAGAAAGUUUGAGCAAUUUCUGCUCUUAUGUUUUAUCUACUGCUGCCUUCACACGGUGGGAUGAAAUGAUGUGUUUGUCGCUGGGCUCGGGGCUGAAAGAGAAGUGUGUCCCUGCAGUAAAACAGGAGCGAUGUGCGGUGAGGACGGCCACCAUGGACCUCAUCCUGCAGCUCUUCCCGCCUCUCCACACUGUUCUUCAGCUCCUGCAACAUCCAGACAUUGAGCCCGGUGACCGAGGAUCCAAGAGCCUCAGGGAGAGUCAUCUGGGAUUGUUGUGUAGGUCAGUUGUCACGGUCCAGUCCUCGACUGUUUGGGUUAUGAGUAAAGCCUACCAGUUUCUGGCCUCCUGGUCCAUUAGCAAGUUCCUGCUGGUCACACAAGGAGAUCUCAAGGAUCUCAAGGAGUCAGUGGAGAGCCUGGUCCACCUCACUCGAGCCGUCGGCAGAGAUUCAGAUCAGCCUCUGAUCAUUCAGCAGACGGCCUCACUCUCUCAGGCUCUCACACAUCUACAAGCUUUCUCUGAUCUCGUCCUGAGGACCUUUUCUAUGGACUGUAAGAAAAUGUCUGUGGAGAUCUUUGAGCAAACCAUGCCAUCAGCAAAACACUGGAGGAUCAGUCACAAAACUGAGCUGCCCAGCAGUCCGAGUGAUUACGCAGCGUCUGCGGCUCAGAGCGUGAUCGGUCAGGUGCUGGAGGGCGUUCAGACGCUGCCCGAUGACGCCCGUGUUCCUGCUCUCGCUGAGGCCAUGACGGCCUUCAUGGAGGCCUGGAUGGAGCACAUCCUCAAACAGAAGAUCAAGUUUAGCAUUCAGGGAGCUCUGCAGCUGAAGCAGGACUUCGACUUGAUUCGAGACCUCAUUCGUUCAGAGGAAUACAGCCUCUCAGAGGAGCUGCACCAGAAGCUGCUGUCUCUGCGCGUCUUUCAUCAGGUGGAUAAUGCCAUCGUGUGCCUGCUUCAGCAACCUAUGGCCAAACCUUACCUGCCCUCUCGCGGCUGGGAGCCCUUCAGACACUGCUGUCCAAACAGCGCUCAGGUCAUGGAUCAGGCAGCAGGCAGUCUCAAUAAUCUGGAGAGCAUGGACAUUCAGGCGGCAUGCCAGCAGGCCCUGACGCGAGCCGAGAGCACACUGACCCCGGAGCUGCUCUCCUCCACCCCGCCCGAGUCUUACCUGGCCGUGGCCCAGCAGGAGUGGCUGGACCUGCGGAUACACAGCGGCUCACGCUGGAAACUCCCGGUGCUGCAGUGCUUCACUAAAUCUGAACCUUAGCCAGAGACCUUCUGUCUUUCAUUCAGAUAUGAUGAGGAUGGCCAAACAAACAAACAGUGCAGGUUUCUUGCCAGACAGUAAUAAAGUGAAUUCACAUGUGUAGCAUUUGUAUUUUCUGUGAAAAACUGUUCAUCAUCACAUAAACAAUGUCACUGUU